CUCAAACAGAAGAAUCAACAAAUUAAAACACAAAACAAAGCAAAGAAAGAAGAAACCUUUUUGACUAAACAACACAGAUUUGAAUCACACCACCACCCAUGGCCAGGUACGAUAGAGCUAUCACCGUCUUCUCGCCGGACGGCCACCUCUUCCAGGUCGAAUACGCUCUCGAGGCCGUCCGCAAGGGCAACGCCGCCGUCGGAGUCCGUGGCACCGACAACGUCGUGCUCGGCGUCGAGAAGAAAUCCACUGCCAAGCUCCAAGACUCCAGAACGGUGAGGAAGAUUGUCAAUCUGGACGAUCACAUUGCUCUUGCUUGUGCAGGACUAAAAGCUGAUGCACGUGUCCUUAUAAACAGGGCAAGAGUUGAAUGUCAAAGCCAUAGGCUUACUGUCGAGGAUCCAGUGACGGUAGAGUACAUAACUCGUUACAUUGCAGGUCUUCAGCAGAAGUACACACAAAGUGGUGGUGUUCGGCCCUUUGGCCUUUCAACCUUGAUUGUUGGCUUUGAUCCAUACACUGGUACACCAUCCCUGUAUCAAACGGAUCCUUCUGGCACAUUCUCAGCUUGGAAAGCCAAUGCAACCGGUAGAAACUCAAAUUCGAUCCGGGAGUUCCUAGAGAAGAACUACAAGGAAGUUUCUGGCCAGGAAACCAUAAAAUUAGCUAUCCGAGCAUUGCUUGAGGUCGUUGAGAGCGGAGGCAAGAACAUUGAAGUUGCUGUGAUGACGAAAGAGCAAGGCUUGCGUCAACUUGAGGAAGCCGAAAUCGAUGCUAUUGUGGCCGAGAUUGAAGCCGAGAAAGCAGCAGCUGAGGCCGCAAAGAAAGCUCCUCCUAAGGAGACAUGAAUUUUCUGUUUCUUUUGUUUUGUAUCAUGCGAUCAAUGUUCUUACUAGGUGUUGGCCCUACUUUAGUGAAGCAAAAAUUAAAGCCACUGUGGCUAAUAUUGAAACGAAAGAAAAACAGCUGUUGAGGCUGCAAAGAAAGAUCGUUUGAGGAGACAUUUA